GCCACAGCAGCCUCCGCCGCCGCCGCCGCAGCCGCCGCAGCAGCAGCAGCCGCCGCCCCAGGCCCCCCCCAUGGAGCCCGAGGCCCAGGAUUCCCGCAAGAGGCCCCUCGAAACACCCCCCGAGGUGGUCUGCACCAAGCGCAGCAACACGGGAGAGGAAGGUGAAUACUUCCUGAAGGUGCUGAUCCCCAGCUACGCAGCAGGCUCCAUCAUUGGCAAGGGUGGGCAGACCAUCGUGCAGCUACAGAAGGAGACAGGAGCCACCAUCAAGCUCUCCAAGUCCAAAGACUUCUAUCCGGGAACCACAGAGCGAGUAUGCCUGGUACAGGGCACAGCAGAGGCCUUGAAUGCUGUGCACAGCUUUAUUGCUGAGAAGGUCCGAGAAAUCCCACAAGCGAUGACCAAACCUGAGGUGGUCAACAUCCUUCAACCCCAAACCACGAUGAACCCUGACAGAGCCAAGCAGGCCAAGUUGAUCGUCCCCAACAGCACGGCGGGCCUGAUUAUCGGGAAGGGGGGCGCCACAGUGAAAGCGGUGAUGGAACAGUCAGGUGCCUGGGUGCAGCUGUCCCAGAAGCCAGAAGGCAUCAACCUGCAGGAGCGCGUGGUGACAGUCAGCGGUGAACCCGAGCAAGUGCACAAGGCCGUGAGCGCCAUCGUGCAGAAGGUACAGGAAGACCCCCAGAGCAGCAGCUGCCUGAACAUCAGCUACGCCAACGUGGCUGGCCCCGUGGCCAACUCCAACCCCACCGGCUCGCCGUACGCCAGUCCCGCUGAUGUGCUGCCUGCGGCGGCCGCUGCCUCCGCCGCUGCAGCCUCCGGCCUGCUGGGUCCCGCGGGGUUGGCAGGCGUGGGCGCCUUUCCUGCCGCCCUGCCUGCCUUCUCCGGCACCGACCUGCUGGCCAUCAGCACGGCGCUUAACACGCUGGCCAGUUACGGCUACAACACCAACUCCCUCGGCCUAGGCCUCAACUCUGCGGCAGCCUCUGGGGUCCUGGCUGCUGUGGCCGCCGGUGCCAACCCUGCCGCUGCUGCUGCUGCCAACCUUCUGGCAUCCUACGCGGGUGAGGCAGGGGCCGGGCCAGCCGGAGGGGCCGCCCCACCUCCACCCCCGCCACCCGGAGCCCUGGGGUCCUUUGCAUUGGCCGCAGCCGCCAACGGCUACCUUGGGGCCGGGGCGGGUGGUGGGGCAGGUGGAGGGGGUGGCCCACUUGUGGCCGCUGCAGCCGCAGCAGGAGCGGCUGGAGGCUUCCUGACCGCAGAGAAGUUGGCAGCCGAGAGUGCCAAGGAGCUGGUGGAGAUUGCGGUGCCUGAGAACCUGGUGGGGGCCAUCCUGGGCAAGGGGGGCAAGACGUUGGUGGAGUACCAGGAGCUGACAGGUGCCCGCAUCCAGAUCUCCAAGAAGGGCGAGUUCCUGCCCGGCACACGGAACCGGCGGGUCACCAUCACAGGCAGCCCCGCGGCCACGCAAGCCGCUCAAUACCUCAUCAGCCAGCGGGUCACCUACGAGCAGGGGGUGAGGGCCUCAAACCCCCAGAAAGUGGGAUGAGGCCUGUGGUGUGUGCUCCCACCCUUCUCCCUGUCCCUCCUCUUUCUCCUCCUCCUCCUCCUCUCCUCCUCCCCCCCCCCCAACUCUUGACCUCAGCUCGGUGUAGUCCUGCUCCUCAUGGGAUUGGGGCUGGGGUAGGUCUGACUGCACGCCCCUCCCUUCUGGUAGUCAUAGGCAGGAUUGAGUGAUGGCUGGGGAUGGGGCCCAGAAGCUCCCUCCCCAGCCCUGAACUGACCCCUCCUUCCUUCCUCCCUAUGCUUGACUGGGCCUGACUCUCCUCUCCCAGGGCCCAGGUCUGUGUGAUAUCUGUAUAUAUUGCAUUUUGUUGAUUUUAAUAGAAAACAAAGCGUUAUUUUCUCUUUC